GGCCGCUUUAAGAGGCAGCUGUAACCUGAAGCCUGCUGGACGGGCUUGGGAGGCAGCAAACGCUCGGGGCUUCAGGGAACCCCUCAGUGCUCGAGGGCUUCCAGGAACCCAGGCUGGGCGCAGCUGAGCGCACCUACAGGCCGGGAUGCGGGCCCUCAUGGUACUGCUCUGCACUGGAGCCCUCCUUGGGCACGGCAGCUGCCAGGACACGGCUGGUGGCCCGGAGGAGGGCUCCCUGGCCCCCGACUCCACGGGGGUGCCUGUGGAGGAAGAGGACCCCUUCUACAAGGUCCCGGUGAACAAGCUGGCAGCCGCCGUGUCCAACUUUGGCUACGACCUCUACCGUGUGCGCUCGAGUGGCAGUCCCACCACCAACGUGCUCCUGUCCCCGCUCAGCCUGGCCACUGCGCUCUCUGCCCUGUCGCUGGGUGCGGAGCAGCGGACGGAGUCCAGCAUCCAUCGGGCCCUCUACUAUGACCUGAUCAGCAACCCAGACAUCCAUGGCACCUACAAGGAACUCCUCGCCGCAGUCACUGCCCCCCAGAAGAACCUCAAGAGUGCUUCCCGGAUCGUCUUUGAGAGGAAGCUUCGGGUAAAAUCCAGCUUUGUUGCACCCCUGGAGAAGGCCUACGGGACCAGGCCCCGCAUCCUCACGGGCAACCCUCGCAUGGACCUGCAGGAGAUGAACAACUGGGUGCAAGCCCAGAUGAAGGGGAAGGUUGCGAGGUCUACACGCGAGAUGCCCAGUGGAAUCAGUAUUCUCCUUGUUGGGGUGGCCUACUUCAAGGGGCAGUGGGUAACCAAGUUUGACCCCAAAAAGACUUCUCUGGCGGACUUCCACUUGGACGAGGGGAGGACAAUACGAGUCCCCAUGAUGUCGGACCCCAAAGCUGUCAUACGCUAUGGCCUGGAUUCUGAUCUCAACUGCAAGAUUGCCCAGCUGCCCUUGAGUGGAAGCAUGAGCAUCAUCUUCUUCCUGCCUCUGAGAGUGACCCAAAACUUGACCAUGAUAGAAGAAAGCCUCACCUCUGAGUUCAUUCAUGACAUCGACCGAGAACUGAAGACUGUUCAAGCCGUCCUGACCAUCCCCAAGCUGAAGCUGAGUUACGAAGGCGAAGUCACCAAGGGCCUGCAGGAGAUGAAGCUACAGUCCUUGUUCGAGUCACCAGACUUCAGCAAGAUCACAGGCAAGCCUGUUAAGCUGACUCAAGUGGAGCACCGGGCUGCCUUCGAGUGGAACGAGGAUGGCGCAGGCGCCGCGCCCAGCCCCGGGCUCCAGCCGGCCCGGCUCACCUUCCCCCUGAACUACCACCUUAACCAGCCUUUCAUCUUCGUGCUGAGGGACACAGACACAGGGGCCCUUCUCUUCAUAGGCAAAAUUCUGGACCCCAGAGGCCCUUAAUGCUCCAGGUGAACGUUUCAGUACUCUAGAACAUGGUGUUCUAGACUCCGCAGGUUAUAUAUUGCCUGAAGGCUGCCUAUUAUGUUUCAAUACUCUUUGCAAUAAAAGUACUUUUUAUCCUCA